AUGUCCAAAUCUGUCCCAAAAUCCUCCGAGCUGGGAGGGGCUGAUGGCCAUGAUGAAGCACCCGCACGCUCUGAAGAAUCCCAUAUCCAGCAUCAGCGCACCGAGAGCAGCAAGAAUACCGAAAAGGCCCCAUUUUCUCUGCUAUCUCUGGAUCGGAAGAAGAUGGAGGAAGAGCGCUUGGCCAGAAAACGAAAUCGAAGUGCUGUAAGCGAUGACGAUGUGGUCGAGAUCGAAGCACCCUCAAAGCAGAGGCAGCGAUUGGUGCCCAGCCCCCCAGAGAGCAUAUCAGCGACGAGAAAACCCGAUGCUGCGAGUGCGAUACCGUAUCCAAAUGGUGUAAUGAAGCGUACUUGGGCGUAUGGCUACCCCCGAACAUCCGACGACAUCAAGAUAGAGGAGGUCCUCCAAAAAGACAAGCUGCUCCUCGCCUUGCUCUCAUCUUUUCAGUGGGACGAGGAAUGGAUCAUGUCAAAGCUUGACAUGUCCAAGACAAAACUGCUACUUGCUGCUUUUGCUGCAGAUGAUCGACAGGCACGCACCACACACAAUCCCUACUGCGUUGAGCAAAACUCAUCAUGUGAUAGAAGGAAGCAAUGCGCGCCAACGUGCCACCUGGCGUUCGCUUCUGCUUCCCGCCCAUGCACGGCCCUGGGUCUAUGCACUCCAAACUGCAAAUUCUUAAGUAUCAAGACUACUUGCGUCUCGUGGUGCCUUCCGAUGGUCUUUCUUAUGGAUCUACCACGACGAGAAGCGAGCGUUGACCACAAGCGAACAACGUUCAGCCUUCAACUCGAACGCUUCCUCCGCGCCAUGGGCGUCGACAGCAGCAUGGUUGAUAGCCUCGCCAACUACGAUUUUUCCCGCACCGUUGACCUGGGUUUCGUCUAUUCCAUACCGGGCGGGCACAUGGACCGGUCCCUGCAGCGCAUCGGUUUGUGGCAUUGUCCAUCCAUGUGGAUCAACGAAGGUUCACUAACGGAUACUCGAGGCUAUUGCGGAUUGGGAACAACUGUCGCAGCGUUGGGUCUGGCAACCAAAGACCCCGUCGAGGUCGAUUUUGUUGUGAGUGACGUGGACCCCAGGAGCCUCAACUGGCUCACUGGUCGCACGGUGCAAGCUAAUGCCGAUCAACAGUGCGCCUCCCUCGGAUCUAUCAAGCAUGACCUCGUCGAGGCCAUUUACAACGCCUGCCAGGGAGACGAUGGAACAAAGGAGUACAAUGCAAGGAUGAAGCGUAAGCCCUCCGACAAGCAGUCCAGCCCAUCGACGCCUUUCAAGGACAGAUUCCGCAUUUACUUCCCAUCGAAUCAAACUGUUUGCGAUAGCCGAGGCGGACGAAAUGCUGGAGGCACCAUCUGUGUUCAGGAGAAGUGGUGGCGUCUGCCAACCUUUCCAACUGAACUAGUCUGCGAUUGUGUCAGCACUCGAAAGGGACUUUUGAUGCACACCAAGGUCAUAUUCGUGCGCAGGGCCAAGCGGGAGAAGGCUCUCGCCGAGAACUCGGGGCCGGCUUCUUGGGCUGGUUGGGCAUACGUCGGCAGCGCAAAUUUGUCCGAGAGCGCCUGGGGUCGAAUGGUGAAGGACAAAGCGACUGGAAACCUCAAGAUGAACUGCCGGAACUGGGAGUGUGGUGUUGUGAUUCCAGUUCGCCCUUCCAGCCAGAAAGCGGACGGGGGCGAAACCGAAACGGUGGACCUGGGUGUUUUCCAGUCCACGGUACCCGUUCCAAUGCAUGUGCCUGGUCGAGCAUACGGACUCAAAGAAGAGCCCUGGUUCUACAGCAGCAACGCUGGCUCGACCUGA